GUAAAAAAAUAUAGUGGUAAUUGUUAUUUACAUGAAUAUGAAUUGUUUGUACUAAAGCUGAACUAAAGUUCUAAUACACGUGUCUAUGUCAAACGCAGCUAACUUGUAACUUGAGGUUACGAAAAAAAAUAAAAAUGAAAACGACAAAGAAAGGGGGGGGGGUGAGGAAAGUUUGUAAAAAUGUUUUCACAUCAAGACGUGUUAGCCGGUGUAUGUCGACGUACAUUUCAUAUGGCAAGCAGUCUUCAUCCCCAUUUUCGUGAUAUCAAUUUUCCUUUUCGUUUUAUACAACAACAUACAAAUUAUUUAUUUGAAUAAAAACAUUUCUAAUGUCUAUCAAAGAUAAUUCUCCAUUUCAAGAAAUGUGACAAAGAAAGCGACUUGCUAUGGCCUACGUAAAUCGGCAUAGCUGGUUAAAAUCUUUAGGUAUGGCAGCUCCUCAAAAAGGGGGUAGUCGUGUGGAAUCCUGUGGAAUGAAAAGAAAAUGGAAAAUAACAUUUUGAGAGAUAAAGGAAAACUUGCUUCUACACCCUCAAUGCUUGUCAUUGAAAUAAAAACCCAUCAAUAACGCUCGUGAUCAAUGCUGUAAUGACAUGAUACUGAACCCCACUCUUUACCUAGUAUAUACUCCUCACUCGAGACGCCAUAUUAUAAUCCUACCCUUAUUUCUCACAAAUUAUUAGCAUGAUUAGUGCGUCAAGUUCAGGGUUUUCAAUAACUAAAAACUCGAAUAACCUCUUAUAAAUCCCGGACGUAUCACCAGGAACGUGUUAUAGCAAUCUCCUUUCUAUAAGGGGAGUGUUCUGUAUUAUGAUCAUGUGAUUGGUAUUACAGGUGUAUGGACAUGAGGGCCCCGUAACACAAAUGUUAGCGAUUGAUCGGUAAUUUGAAAGAACAAUUCUGAUUGGUUCCUAGUCAGUCUACCGAGCAAAAUGCUCAGACUGUCCGUGGUGUGACGUGUAGCCAUGCAGAAGUGGCAGAAGCGACCUGAACGAAGUUGUUUUAAUUUCCAUGAACUGAUAACCCACCGCGGGCCAUGGGAACCAAUGCUAUCAACUUCACUAAAAGUGACAUCGACGAUCUUGAUCCCCAAGAUGGAACGGUCUUCGAAGACUAUGGCUUCGAUAUCAAACAGAGAAUCGGAAUCUCAGUGGUUUACAGUCUAAUUGCAUUAACGGGAAUAGCAGGAAAUGCUUGUGUCUUCAUGGCAGUUCUUCUUUCAAAGAAGCUCCACACGCUAACAAACAUCCUUGUGGUAAAUCUCAGUAUCACAGAUUUCCUGGCAUGCUGCAGUAUUCUUGUCCAAAGUGUAGUUCUUGUGACAUCAGACAAGUUCCUCAAGGUAGUUCCUACUCAGCUUUGCGUCCUAGCCGGUGCAGUCAACUUCGUGGGUGUGUCUAACAGUCUCAUGACGCUAACGCUGAUAGCCUUUAUGCGGUGGUAUGUCAUUACCCGCAGCAUCAGAGGCCAAAGAGGACUCCAUACUCCUGGAAAGGUAGCAGCGUUAAUAAUCAUCACUUGGAUAUUCUCGUUGGUGUCCAUGAUACUGCCACCGGCACUUGGGCUAGGAACUCUAGGGUACAGCGCGGCCUACCAUCAAUGCUUGACGAUCGACGAAAACAAACUCGUAGCGUACCUUAGUAUGUUGCAGAGCGGUGGAUGUCUUACCUUUGUCGCAGUUGCUCUUUCUUUCUACAUCGCCAUAUAUCUGUUCGUUCGAAAGAAUACCAGGGCUUUUUCGUUAAGGCUUAGCAGAACUGAAGAAAUCCAGAACGUACAUGAAUCAAGAACAAACAUAGAGCUAGAUGAAGUGAAAGAUUGUCAUGAACAAAGAUUGAAGCAAAGCGAACAACGUCGUCAAAUGGAUGCCCUAUUUCGGGAUCGAGAGUGGAGGAUCACGAAGAAUCUUCUUGUUGUAUUCUGCAUAUUCUUAAUUUGUUUCAUCCCAUUCGCCGUAACCCUUGCAAUACCCGGAGGAAGCCUCUCCAAUGUCUACACAACUGCGUUGUUGUAUUUAAACGCUUGUAUCAACCCUGUUGUGUACUGUCUGAAACAUGACCAAUUCAAGGAGGUACUGAGGCCCAUGUUACGGUGCAGGUGGUCAAACAUUCCACAACCUACCAAGCUUCUCAGACUCUGUUUCCAUCGGUCAGAUCGCGUUUUGCAGUCUCCCACUACUACUUCCACUAGUGCACUGAUAAAAAGAAUGUGAAAUAGAAAAUACAUUUUUGGUCUGCUUCCUGACUCCAAAUCAUAGUAACGAUCCCUGCACGACUAGCGCAGAAAUGUAUAUUUUUCAAAAUUUCCACUAGUGCACUCAUAAAUAGAAUGUGAAACAGAAAUGCACUUUUUGUUGUUAUCUGCAACAGAUCUCUAAAUCAUCAGUAACAGUCCCUGCACGACUCCCCUAUAAUCCUUUUUUCCGCAUUUUUUUGUGGGAUGGGGUCACGUAGUACUUUUAGUAGUGCGAAAGUAAUUUUUUAUCUCAAAAGAUUUUUUUUUUCAAUAGUAAUCGUACAAACCAUUCUGAAACUAGAUUCAACCUUGAAUUAAUUAAUCAGAUCAAAGGGAAUAUAACCUUCAAAGUUUCCAUCUUCCGUUAAAUUUUGUAAAAAAAAAAAUGAGGAGUGACAGUCUGUGUCUCGAGACUACAAAUAGAGAAGUCAUGAAAUUCGCAACAAGUGUACGAAACGUCAGAGGGGGGGGGGGGGUAUAAGGGCACUUAUGGUUAAUAUAAUUUUACUUAAGAUGUUAUUUUUAUCGAAAUAAAAGAAUCUUAAACCUUGAUGUACCCAUUUACUUUGAAUUUUGCAAUUUAUCAACUAAGUGAUAUAAGUGAUAGACAACGUUUCUUUUUUUUGUCAAGUAGCGGAUCCAGGGGUCAUGAUAGAUCCUUUGCUUUUUUUUUUCCAUUUUUGCUUGUCAAAUUUUCGUGAUGGAAAAUUUCAAAACAUUGUCUAACGAUUUUUGUUGUUGAUAGCCCUUUUUUGUGUUUCUUUCUUUGCUUAUUCGGGGGAGGAAAACGCCUUAUUUUCUUUCUAGGCCCCAUACAUGAAACACAGCCCUUUACCUUGAUCCUGGAUUCACUGCUGAUGGUAGAUAAUAUCAGAGCCAGGCUUUUAAAUAAUUAGUCUGCAUUAUAACACUGACAGUAGAGCAAGGUCACCCCUUAAUAAUUGCCGGUAGAAAAUUUACCGAAUUGAUGUAGAGGGAAAAUGUGAUUGAAAUAAUUGGAUACACUACAAAAAACAACAAAAUAAAACGCGGUGUAGAUUUAAUGCACCAGCCCGAUAUCUAUACAUAUUCACACCAUGCAGAGAAGUAUUAAAGAACACCAGUUUGGUUUUGGUCUAAUACUAGAUAGGUGUUUAUACAACACCAAUUAGUAUUAAAACAGCAUUGGUUUGAUUCCAAACUGGUGUUGUUUCAAUACUUCUCUGGUGUGGACAUAGAUUGCGGGCUGGUGGUAAAUCAACACCGGAGUAUUUGCAGUGUAAGAUAUAUACGAGAUUUUGCAUGAGUCAUAAACGAGGCAGUAUCUUUAUUUUCAACAAUAACAAAAAUAACAAAAGUUAACUGUGACGUGUAGCCAAAUAUAUAUAUAUAUAUAACAGCCGAGCUUUGGAUUUCAUGUGAAUAUACAAACAAAAUCGUUCUUAAAUCUAACGAAUGAAUCGAUUUUAAAGAUUAAAAUAAAAAUCUUACAGGUUUAACUUUAAUAAUGAUAUUAACGGUGGCUACUUAUAUAGCGCACAUGUCUAACUUUCAGUGCUCAUGGCGUUUCAAGAAGUUUAAUGUACUCAUAAACAAUAAUUGACAUCAACUAGAACAAGAAAUAGAAUAGAAAUUUUGAUUUUCCAGUAUAAAACACACUAUGAAACUGUUAAAUGUCAAAUGUUCGUUGGAUACUAAAUAGUCCCAAUCUAGAUUUGCAUCUAAUCCAUUGAAUUUAGAGUGUAUAGUAGUACUACAAGUACCGCCACCAAGCUACUACUAUUUUGCUACUACUACAUUUGAUUAAUUUGAUAUUCGAUUUGUAUUCUGAACAAGCUGGUUAGAGCAUUCAAACGAUAACUGUCUAGAGUGUGAAGGAUAUAGUUAACGUGACUCAUUGAGGUUGCUUGAGAAGUAUGCCAGCAAAAGUUAGAUUCGAAAGUAUCCGGUUCGGUACUUACGUACACUUUUUUUAAAUCAUUUUUUAUUGCACUUAAUGUAAGG